UGCCAGCUUGUCAGGGGGGUGAGGCGACACUGCCUUCAGAAACCUGUGAGAGUCGCAUCUGAUCAGAGGUGAUACUAGCCGGAGAGAAACGCUUUAUCCAGCUUCCAGGGCUGCUGCCGUCAUGUCCAGAGACACAAAGACAACAACGGGAGAGGAGAUUAUGGAGUCCAAGGUAAUGUGGUACCCAGACUCCAAGAAGAAUACCCAGAUGGACAAAUUCAGAUCAGAGGUGAACAGAGAUUUUGGAUUGAAACUGGCGAACUACAAUGAGCUGUACCAGUGGUCUGUGGAGAACUACCCGGAGUUCUGGGCAGAGGUGUGGCGGUUCUGUGGCAUUGUGUGCUCCCGCAUGUAUGAGGAGGUGGUUGACCGGACAAAGAGAAUCUCUGAUGUUCCUGAAUGGUUUAGAGGCAGCCAGCUAAACUACGCCGAGAAUCUUCUGAAGCAUAAGGAUCAGGACAAAAUAGCUCUGUAUGCAGCAACGGAAGCGAAGGAGGAGAUCACCAAGGUGACGUUCAGGGAGCUGAGGCGAGAUGUCGCGCUCUACGCUGCUGCCAUGAGGAAGAUGGGGGUGAAGACGGGGGACAGGGUGGUCGGUUAUCUACCCAACAGCAUUGAAGCCGUGGAGGCCAUGCUGGCAGCUGCGAGUAUCGGAGCCAUCUGGAGCUCCACUUCACCUGACUUUGGGGUCAACGGAGUCCUGGAUCGGUUCUCCCAAAUCCAACCCAAACUCAUCUUCUCCGUCUCUUCGGUUGUGUACAACGGCAAGGAACAUGACCACAUGGAGAAACUCCAGAGCGUAGUCAAAGGGUUACCUGACCUGAAAAAGGUGGUAGUGAUCCCGUAUGUCCGUUCAAGAGACGUUACAGAUCUCUCCAGAAUCCCGAACAGUGUGUUCCUGGAAGACUUCCUGGCCAUGGGAAAAGAAGGAGACCAGGAUCCACAGCUGGAGUUCGAGCAGCUGCCCUUCAGUCACCCUCUCUUCAUCAUGUACUCUUCAGGAACCACCGGGGCACCGAAAUGCAUGGUCCAUUCUGCAGGGGGCACCCUCAUUCAGCAUCUGAAGGAACACAUUCUCCAUGGCAACAUGAGCAGCAGUGAUGUCAUCAUUUACUACACCACUACGGGCUGGAUGAUGUGGAACUGGUUGAUGUCUUCUCUUGCCACUGGCUCCUCGGUGGUGCUGUACGAUGGCUCUCCACUAGUGCCAUCUCCCAACGUGCUGUGGGACUUGAUUGACAGACUAGGAAUAACUAUUUUUGGCACCGGGGCCAAGUGGUUGUCUGUACUUGAGGAAAGGAACCUGAAACCAGCUGAAACCCAUAACCUGCACACACUCCACACCAUCCUGUCCACUGGCUCUCCCCUCAAACCUCAGAGCUACGAAUACGUCUACAAAGACAUCAAGAGUAACAUUCUGCUGGGAUCCAUCUCAGGUGGAACAGAUAUUGUUUCCUGUUUUAUGGGGCAGAACUUCACAAUUCCCGUGCACAAAGGAGAAAUCCAAGCCAGGAAUCUGGGAAUGGCGGUGGAAGCCUGGAACGAUGAAGGGAAGCCUGUGUGGGGAGAAAGUGGAGAGCUGGUAUGUCAGAAGCCCAUUCCUUGCCAGCCAACCCACUUCUGGAAUGACGAGAAUGGAAGCAAGUACCACAAAGCCUACUUCUCCACCUUCCCUGGUGUUUGGGCUCAUGGGGACUACUGCAAAAUCAACCCUCAGACAGGAGGCCUUGUGAUGCUGGGGAGAAGUGAUGGUACUCUGAACCCCAAUGGUGUACGAUUUGGAAGCUCCGAAAUCUAUAACAUUGUGGAAGCUUUCGAGGAAGUGUCCGACAGUCUUUGCGUCCCCCAGUACAGCAAAGACGGGGAGGAGAGAGUGAUCCUGUUUCUAAAGAUGGCACCCAAGUACGCCUUCGGGCCGGAGCUGGUGAAGAAGAUUCGAGAUGCCAUCCGGGUGGCACUAUCGGCUCGUCACGUCCCCGCUCUCGUCCUGGAGACCAAAGACAUUCCGUACACGAUAAGUGGGAAGAAGGUGGAAGUCGCUGUCAAGCAAAUUGUCGCUGGAAAAGAAGUUACCCAGCGUGGGGCAUUCUCCAACCCCGGCUCAUUGGACCUGUAUAAGAAUCUGCCAGAGCUGCAGAACUUCUAAAGAUAGCCAUCUGGGACAGGAUAUAAGAGAUGAAGGGGGAUCGCUCAGGGGGGAAAGGGGGGUGGGGGGGUGGUGAAGCAGAGUCUCAUUUCAGUGACUGUGCAUCGCUCGUGUCCUGUAGUGGGGAAUCACUAAAGAUACCUUUCCCUGAAGGUAGACGUGGUUUUGUCUGUUAUCAUGGUAAUAAGUCACAACACAUACUGGACUGCUUUUUACAGGGGUCCAUGUUACCAGGAUGUUUUGCAGCUCAGCUGUGGAUGUGUUUGGUUCUUUUCCACCCGAGCCCCAGUUGAAAGCAGACCUGUGCACCACAUGUAGCUGUGCUCUACUAGCUUGGGGAGCCGUGUCCGUUCCUGCAGGUACAGAGAUUCCAAGCAAAUCCGUUCAUGCAGCUGAGCUGGUGUUUGAGUGUGACUGGGGCAGUUUGAGGCUUUGUCUGAGGAAAGCAUCCGUGACAGUGCAGGCAGUGGUGCAGCUCACUUCAGACACUCCUGUGUGGACGGUAGAUGAAGCACACAAAGCCAGGAUACAUCUCAGCAGGGCUGUUAGGGCCUUUUCAUAUACGGUUAGUUUCUAAACUAACCCAGUGAGUUCAUUUGGAAACCAACUGGAGGAAAAGAACUUGGUUCCUUUUGUAUUAACAAACAAACAAAACAAAAAACCCUGAAAACGAUUAAAGACUCAACCUGGUCUUAGACUACCCCAUGUCUACGUGUGUCAUAAAUGUGU